AUGUCGAAUCCUACUCUUCUGAGUCAAAUCCGUACUUUGGUAUCUGUAGAUAUCGACUCUAUGAGCACCGCUGUUGCUACUCGACACACUGAUUCAUCGACCCUGUUUUGUGACAUGACAUCAAACCAGGCUAUUGUACACAACGAAGCCGUGCUCCCUGAAAACGCUCAUGUCUUGAAAGAUAUCUCGGAAUACAUAAAUUCUACUGGCAUAGAUAUCAAAGAAGAGUCAGGCGUGUUGAAAGCCAUUGAUCUGGUGGCCGUGCUAUUAGCAAAACAAGUGUAUCCUUAUCUCACUGGAUAUGUUCUUGUGCAGACAUCCCCAUCCUUCGCGUUCGAUACCGAGAAAACCAUCGCGCAUGCCAAGAAUCUGGUGUCUACUUUUGAAGCAAAUGGCAUUCCCAGAAAUCGAGUCUGUAUCAAAAUCCCUACUAGUGCCGAAUCGAUCGUUGCUUGUCAGUAUCUAGCAAAAUUAGGCAUCAACACCCUAGCUACCUGCCUGUUCUCUGUUCCGCAAGCUGUGGCUGCAUCACAAGCAGGUUGUUUGUAUGUGGCCCCUUAUUUCAAUGAACUUCGCAUGCACUUCGAGCCCGGACUUUGGAAGGAAUACCAGGACACAGUGAAAGAGCAUCCCGUCGUACCCGUCAUACAAGCCAUUGUAUCUAUUAGUCUCAUACCAUAUCAUACGGUUAUCGCUCUCGUUCGACUUCGUCCAGACCACUUGACACUCUCGGGAGCAGUCCUUGACAAAUUAUCUUCUACACCAGCUGUUUCAGAAGAAAUGUUUUCUGAGGUCAAUAUUGGCGUCACCGCAAGCAGAGAAGUUUUAGAGAUCAACUACCUUGUUAAUGGUGCCGAACCUCUAAAGAAGGCGCUGGAGCUUGACGCAGAAGCAAAUCGGAAACUUCAAGACGCCGUCAAGAUUUUCGGUGAAAUGGAAGAUAAAACGAAAGAAUUUCUUCGUGCUAGGUUUGCCUCUUGA